UCAAAGGAGUUUAUUUUAUUAUUAUUAUUAUUAUUUUUUCUGCUAUUUUCAUAAAAGACAAAGGACACCUCUUGGUAUGCCUGUGGUAUCUAGAAAAAACGCGGACCGACAAUUCGAAUCCAAAAUGGCGUCGAUUGGUUUACCUCGGGAAGGCGAAGUUGCUUUGCUGUCAUUUAUCGCUUAUUUCACUCUGACUCUUACACUAACGGGGAGGCAGAGUCUAGAAAGCAUUUGGAACUUUUCAACAUCGUUAUUUUUCUUGGCUCUUGGUCUCUCAGUUACUUUUAUAACUCCCCAUUCUGGCGUUGCCAAGAGAGCUGGCUUUUUGGGAUCAGUCUUUGGAAUAUCAGUUGUUUUGAUAGUGAAUUCGUCGAUUCUUCGAUAUCUAGGCUGGUACCUAGCGUCUUUAUCUUUUUUCCAUUUUUCCGAAUAUAUGAUGGUCUCGAUCUACAACCCCCGCACACUAUCCAUGGAUUCGUUCUUGCUAAACCACAGCCCUGAAUACAAGAUUGCGGCUGUUGCGAGCUGGAUGGAGUUCGCAAUCGAGAGAUUACUUUUCCCUGGACUCAAAGGAUAUUUCCUGAUCUCAUUUGUUGGAAUCGUGUUUAUGAUUGGUGGAGAUUUUGUCCGAAAGCUUGCCAUGAUCACCGCCAAGUCCAACUUUACUCACUUGGUUCGUUAUCACAGAGUUGACGAACAUGUGCUUGUGACCGGCGGUAUUUAUGCGUGGUGCCGACACCCGGCAUAUGUCGGCUGGUUCUUCUGGAGCAUAGGCACUCAGAUGACAUUGUGCAACCCUAUUUGCUUUGUUGGUUAUGCAUAUGCUUCAUGGAAGUUUUUCAAGGAGCGUAUAUUUGAGGAGGAGAUAUUAUUGUUGCAGUUCUUUGAGCAGGAGUAUGUGAAAUACCAGAAGAAAGUGGGGACAGGUCUACCCUUUAUCAAAGGCUGUAUCCUUGAUGACUUUGCCAAGGAUAAGUGAUCAAGACUGUAAACAUGAGCAGAUGUACAGUAUCCUUGAUGACCUUGGCAAGGAUAAUUUUAAAAGGCAUAUAGGAGAGUAGCAUUAGAGUGUAUUAGUGCUAAAUAAGCUUAUUGAAAGAGUGUGCAUACUAAGAUAUUCCCUGAAUCAUUUUUGCAUUGCUGGUUGGUGAAGUUCAUGUCAAGCAGGUUUCUCGCAUUCUUAUUGGCUUCAGAAAAGUGGCUAUGGUAGAGUGUACCCCACUCUAAUGCAGUGUUACACAAAUAAUGUCUAUUUAAAUGGUACAAUCAUUGGAAAGACUAGGGGGCAAUUCGAAUACAAGUACAUUGUUGUGUCUUUUUUAUUUUUUAUGCAGUAUAAAUUUCCAUUUCUCUGUUUAAAUUAACAAUGAGUAUUUAGUUUGAUACAUUAAGUAAUCCAUGUAUCAAGAAGCAAAUUCAAUACAUGUUAUGAUUAAAGUUUAUGGUUAUAAUUAAACAUUUUGUUGCCUAUGAAAAUACUCUAUAAAUAUGCAUAUUUUUGGUAAAA